AUGCAGGUGCAGCUUUUAAGCCAGGCGUGCCAUUUUAUCUUUAAUGACAAACAGGUCAAGAGGGAGACAUACAUGUCGUUGAGUGGCGAAGGUGUUGUUUAUAUUUUUGAUUGUGGGCUUGAUGGGUUUAGGUCUUUGGGUGAUAAGUGUAUUAUCAACAGCGGUUUCGCAACGAUGGAUCAGCUCUUGGACAAUUUACGACACAUUUUGGCAAUUGGGACUGACGGAGAUACCACACACCCAUUAUAUAACAAGACGGUUAAUACAGUGAUUGUGGAUAAUCUUUCGGUCUACUAUUGGGACUUGAAGUUGUUGAAUAGCGAUCCAAAAAACCACGAGCAACUCGGAUACGCCUGCAAGGCGUCAGGACUCGAAUAUUACACCAAGUUGAUAUCUGUAUUACAAGAGAUCCAAGCUAAAUUCAAAUGCAAUAUCGUCACAUCGUCAUGGAACAACACUUUUGAGAAGGGACAUAAUUAUAGUGGAGCCACCGACUGCGAAGCCACCGGAUUGGACUCCAUAACCUUCCUACCCCAAAAAUAUCUCAUGGAAUUUGAUUAUCUCAUACAGAAAUCCAAUGGUACCGACACGGAAAGUAGGAUCUACAAUAAACUGGCAGGCCGGUGGAUUGAUAUCGCAUAG